AUGGCCACAAAACUGGUCUCCGUCAGGCAGUCGACGGACUCUGCACGAGCCAUGCGGUCCCGCUACCCCCCACCACCGUGUGUGGAAGAAGAGCCAGUCUCUCUUGCCCGAGAGCUGGACGGUCUCUCCAAUCUAGACGAAAAAGUGAGCCCGGAAGGUAUGGGUGCGAGAGGCAGCGUGGAUCAGUACCCGAUCCUCGUCGACUCAACUCUUCCCGGAUCUUCAGAUCGCCCGGUCAUGAGUAACAACAUGCCCGAAACCGGCCCACGCUCAUCGAAUCCGCUUAACACACAAACGGCAUCCUGUCGCAGGGAACCCGUGGCUAAUCCUCGCCCUAGACCUGCGUCUCAAACAAACAGUCGAGUGGGAUCAUCGAUCUCACCUGCGUCAGGAUUUGUCUCCGCCGCUUCAAGCAGGGAGCGUGAGCAUUCGGUCCAGCCCCGGUAUUCCCAGCCGGCUCCUGAAGUGGUUCCACCUCGACCGGUCCGUCCAAGAUCUCCUGCGCGUGGGGAUGGCUUGCCUCUUCACGGACGUGGCCGCUCCUCUUCAGAGGCGGUGCUUCCAGGGUCUAUGCAUGAGCCCAGAAACGAUUACUGGCCCCGCCCAGGAUUGGUCAUUAGGGAAGAGGAUCGUAGAGGACGGGAGCGAUCGACGCAAGAACCAUCCUCAGGCUUCAGGCACGAGCCGAAGAAUCGACACCAGUCGCGGCCGCCUUCACCAACUCGUGGCGGUCGUACUGGGUCGCCUACCAAGAUCAAUGGUUUGGUCAAGGCCGCGGAAGCACAUCAGCAACAGUCGUCUUAUCACCUUGCUGGCUCACGGGCUCCUCGUUCCUCCUCACGUCCACCACAGCAACCCACUUACAGUGGCAAAGAAGAUGUCCCUGUGCAUAUCAUCCCCCACGCCUCUUAUGGCAUGCGUACGGCGCGGUCUCGUUCUCGUGGUCCUGGCUACGACAGAAUACCAGGUGGACCGGUGCAGCCGUUGGCCGCUCAUUCGGGAGGCUCAAAUGAACAUUCACAGACUUCGUCUCCGAGGCUGUUGCAACGGCCCGAUCGUCAAGAGUCACCCCCGGGAUAUCAAUCAGACACCAUCACCGCGAGGCCCCGACCAGCGUCUUACGCACUUCCGUCAAUCGAGUCGAGAUCCAGCACAGCUGGGCACACGGCUAAUGCGCGAACGCUGGCCGAGCGCAUUGAAGAGAAGCUGCGUCAACGACAGGAGCUUCGCGAGUCAGUGUCUCUGUCUGAUUCAGAGAGUCGUCUCCCAAGGGAGCUAAAUCGUGUCAACACAAGACUGGACCCGUCAGUCUCGGCAUCGGCUCCGCAUUCGCCAUCUCGUGAACUGCAGCAGAAUCUCAGUCACCGACCCCGUGGAGAUUCAACUGCUGCUACCAGUGGACGCACCUCGGUGCCAACAAUAGUUGCUCAGGCGGCACCUGCACUGACUCGUUCUAAGUCUACGAAUCGAGGUCACUCGCGGUCAGUCUCGUCGGACAAUUUUAGACCGUCCCGCGCUGCAACCACCGUCAAGUUCCAUGAUCAUCCUGCGCAAAGCCCUAGUCCGUCGCGGGGUCCCGUUCUCAAGCCAACCAAUCUCGCGCAGCGGCCGGUGAAUCCUUCCGGGCUCUGUAUCACUCUGUGCCCGCGAUCGGUUCCCGUGGCGGGUUACAACGAUUGGUACACGUUGAAGGGGCUGAGCCAUCUCGAUAUCUGUCCCAGCUGCAUGAAACAGAUCGGACAUUCUCGCUUCCGAGACUCCUUCAUCCCGAGUCUCGCAAGACCGUCAUCGCAGAAGAUUCGAUGCGCCUUCAGUAACCCCUGGGUUCGGCUCGCUUGGACACAGAUGAUCAAACAGCAACACGAAAGCCUUGAGAUGCUUUACCAGAUGACUCGACCGCCACCGGGCACCCGCCCCUGCUCCGGCCGCGCCGCUUCAGAGCAGAGCUGGUACCGCAUCGUCAAUCCGGAAACGGGUUCGUACCUGCCCAGCUUCCAUGUGUGCGGAAGCUGCGCACGCAAUGUGCGUGUUCUGAUGCCGGCCCAUCGGGAUACUUUCCAGCUGUGUCCGGAGCCUCAGGAGCGGGCUUGCGAUCUCGUCACCAGCAGCCCCCGGUUCGUCAAGUACAUUGACCUUCUCGACGAUGCUUCCUCCCGAGCAGACUCGGAUCCCUCACGACGACCUGACCCCCGCGAGUUCCUCGCCUACGCCAAGCGCAAAGUUGUCCUGCGGGAUUGUCUCCGUGAUCGGCCCGUGCUUGGCAGCUGGCACUACAUGACCGAACUUCCGGAGCUGAGUAUCUGCGAGGACUGCUACGAUGAAGUGGUGUGGCCUUUGGCCAAAGCACAUCACCCGCUCGCCCGAUCUAUCUCCAGCUCCAUGCGAUACUUGCCCGGUGAUGGACCCAAUCUCUGCCGCGAAGCGACUUGUCAGCUAUACUCUGGCCGGAUGCGGGCACGCUUCCGAGACGCGGUCAUCAAGGAUGAUUUCCCGGGGUUGCGAGAUUUUGCCCUGCGACGUUUCGAGGCCGAGCGGCGCUUCCGUGAUCGUCGGGAGGAGCUGUUUGCCGCCGAGGAGAAGGGGUACGAUUGUGAUGUGGAAAUGAACAAGGCCAUUGAGGAAUGGAGACGAUGGGAGUAG